GCGACCCAGCAGUCCAGCACUUCGGGGAAAAUCCACGCCUCGUUCUCGCGAAGCGUUGGAGCGACGUAGGAGUAACCCCCUCUGGCGACCGGGAGCACCGCCGCCGCCUUGCACCGGCGACCUCGGCGACCGCGAAAGACCGGCGACCCCGACGCCUCCCUCCGCGGCCGCGAGCGGCCACGACGCCUCCGCCUCCCUCCGGCGACCGCGAGCAAGGGCAGGUCUAGCUGCGGGGAGCUAGGGUCAUUGGACGAAGGCAGGGCACGGCUGCCGGCGGCAUCAGCAGGAGUUAAGACUACAAAGCGGAAGAAGGCAUGGAAAAGGUGGGAGAAAACAGCUUUGAGGAUGAAAUCAUGGAGUCAGACAUCGAGUUGGAAGGGGAAGUUUUUGAGCCAGAUAAUGAUCCUCCACAGAAGAUGGGAGAUCCAUCAGUGGAAGUCUCUGAUGAGAACCGUGACAAGGCACAGCUCUACAAAAAGGAAGGCCUCGACGCACUUUCAGAAGGUAAACUUAUCGAAGCUGUUGAGUGCCUGACGGAUGGCAUCUUGCUGAACCCCACUUCAGCUAUUCUCUAUGCAACCAGGGCUGGCGUUUUUAUGAAGAUGAAGAAACCAAACGCAGCUAUUCGUGAUGCAGAUGCAGCAUUGCAGAUUAAUCCAGAUUCUGCUAAAGGAUAUAAAUCACGUGGGAUGGCAAAAGCUAUGCUUGGGAAGUGGGAGGAUGCUGCUCAUGACCUUCACUUGGCAGCAAAAUUGGAUUUUGAUGAAGAGAUUUGCUCAGAGCUGAAGAAGGUUGAACCCAAUGUACACAAAAUUGAGGAGCACAGGAAAAAAUAUGAACGCCUGCGUAAAGAGCGGGAAGUGAAAAAAGCUGACAUGGAAAGACAGCGUAAACAGGCUGAGGAGGUUAGUGCUGCUUCUGCUGUUGUAAAGGAUGGUGAGGUGAUCACUGUCCACUCAUCUAAUGAGCUGGAAACAAAACUUAAGGCUGCGUCAAGCUUGUCUAGGCUUGUGAUUCUGUAUUUCACUGCAACAUGGUGUGGGCCAUGUCGUCUCAUGGGACCUGUUUACAAAAGCUUAGCUGAAGCGCACCGGAAUGUCGUUUUUCUUAAGGUGGACAUUGAUGAACUAGGCAUUGUUGCUCAUCGCUGGAAUGUCAGCAGUGUUCCAACAUUCUCCUGUGUGAUAAAUGGCAAAGAGAUUGAUAAGGUCGUUGGUGCUGACAAGGCUAGCCUUGAGAGAAAAAUUGCACAGCAUGGCUCAUCCAAAAAGUGAGCUACCAUGUUACUCCUAUGCUGUACUCCUAGUUACUCAAAACUUGCAAUAAAGAGUGCUUAUUAAUAAUAGUUGGCCUGCAUGUAGAGAUGUUGACAGUCAUUGUAUGUUUCCUUGUAUUUGCGUGUUGAUUUAUGCGCCUGACUGCUGGUGGUGCGUGCACAUGCACCUGAGAGCAAUUUAUUUUAAUGAUCCAUGCAAAAUAACUUUAUAAA